AUGGCCGACUCCUACUUCAAUGGCCGUGUAGGCUCACCAGUCACCGAAACCGGGCCUUCUCUCCUGUCACCGACCACACCAGCGUCGGGAGCAGCAGCCAGGUCUAAUGCCCUGCAGAACAGGAUCACGAGCGUGCUGUCCGCCUCAUAUGCCGAUCUGGAAAUACGUGAUGCCCUGUCUAUCCUUGAUGAGCGAGGUCUACAGAACACGGCUGAGGCCCGGCGAAACUUCCGUCUGGAUGUCCAAGGAGAACUCAUCCAGUGCAAUGGCGAAAUCGUACAGGACUUUGGCAAGGUCGCCGAGCAACUCAAGCGCAUUGGAGCUGCCAUUUCCAAUCUCAAUAGCAGCUGUGUCGAGAUGAGGAAGCACAUCGCCGCGGCCAACCGCGAGACCGGUCCGAUGAUGGAAGAGGCCAAGACCAUUCUCGCCGACAAGCGCCAGGUGGAGACCAAGCAGCAGCUCUUAGAUGCCUUCAAGGCACACUUCGUUGUGUCGGACGCAGACCUUGCCACCUUGACUUCGACUGCCGAGCCCGUCAACGAUGAAUUCUUCCGAAUCUUGACCCGCAUGAAGAAGAUUCACGAGGACUGUCAGAUCCUGCUCGGGUCGGAGAACCAACGCCUUGGACUGGAGAUCCUAGAACCGAGCUCACGACAACUCAAUGCCGCCUUUCAGAAGCUGUUCAGAUGGGUACAGCGAGAGUUCAAGUCCCUGGAUCUGGAGAAUCCGCAGAUCAGCGCCGCCAUUCGGAGGGCUUUGCGGGUGCUAGCCGAGAGGCCAACACUAUUCCAGAAUUGCUUGGAUUGCUUUGCAGAGGCUAGGGAGCACAUCUUGUCCAACAACUUCUACUCGGCACUGACAGGAGCGCCUGUGGAUCCCGAUCAUUCUGUGCUGGGAAAAGCGAUCGAGCUCUCAGCCCACGACCCACUGCGAUAUAUCAGUGACAUGUUGGCGUGGGCCCAUUCCGCGACUGUGUCCGAGCGAGAAGCCCUGGAAGUCUUGUUCAUCUCCGAAGGCGACGAGAUUGCAAAGAGCAUCCAGGCCGGCAUCGAGAGUGAGCCGUGGACAAGAAACGACGAAGACGGCAUUCCGUCGUUUGACGGCAAGAAAGCCUUGAAUGAGCUGGUGGAUCGCGAUCUUGCCGGCGUCUUCAGACAGCUGAAGCAAAGAACGGAGCAAGUCAUCCAGAGCCAUGAAGACGCCACGCUUGCGUACAAGAUCUCAAACUUGGUCGUAUUCUACACCAGCCUGUUCGCCAACCUUCUCGGCGAGAACUCAGCCUUGCUGGACACUUUGCGCCCUCUGUCCGACAUCGCCCUGCGAGCAUUCCGUUCCACUAUGCGUGAUCACGUCGCCAACCUGCAUACCGAUCUCUCCAUUGCAACAGAAGACCUAUCGCCUCCAGACUUCCUGGUCGAUGCACUGCAAACCCUUCAAGUCCUGAUGAGGAGCUACGACACCUCCAUCGUCGUCACCAACCGCGCGCAGCGUAUCCAGGGCUUCCAACCCAUCCUCCAAGAAGCGCUCGAUCCAUUCUUGGCAGGCUGCGAGAACAUCACCAAGCGUAUGCGCAAUCCCAACAACCACAUCUUUGCCCUGAAUUGCCUCUUCGCUACCAAGGAAGCGCUAAGCAGUCACUCGUUUGCGGAUCGAUCUGAGGACUUGCAAGCAAGAAUCGAAGCCCACGAGGCCGAACUGAUUGAGACUAUGCAUACUUGGUUCUUACACGAAUCUGGCCUCAAACCCCUGGUUGGCAGCAUUACGACGGCGGAAGACCUUUCGUCUUCAUACAAAGACCCUAGCCAGAUUCUCUCCAUCGCCCAACAGCUCGAUGCCUUGCUUCCCACGGCAACGGAGGACGCGAGACGUUUCUUAGGACAAUUGGAGAACAAGGCCGUGGCGAGAAGGGUGAUUGAACACGCGGCAGAACGCUUCUGCGAGGACUUUGAGGAGAUUGAGAGAUUGAUCAUUCAGGCGGACGAGGUUCGCGGCAAGCAGGUGAAUGGAGGAGUUGACGAAGAGCACGAAGUGUGGUUGCGAGAAUGUUUCCCGAGGACCGAGGGGGAGAUCAGAGUCCUGUUGAGCUGA